UUCCACGUCGAGUCGCGAGCAGUUAGGUUAGUUGCCGGCUGCGAGGCGAACAAUACUAUGGCCAAGGUACAGAUCCCGACUACAACCCUCAACAAUGGGAAGACAAUCCCAGUGCUGGGAUACGGCACGUGGCUGGGACUCGAUGACAAGUUCAACUUUCCCUACGAGGAUAUCCCUAAGCUGGUGGAGACGUUGUCGUACGCCAUCGACACUGGAUACCGCCACAUCGACACCGCACACCUUUACAGGGUGGAGCCGGAGAUAGGAGAGACCAUCGCGAAGAAAAUACAGGAAGGAGUUUGCAAGAGGGAAGACUUGUUUAUCACGACGAAGGUGUGGCAUCAAUUCCACAAACCAACCGACGUGGAGGUGUCGGUCCGCGCCUCGCUGCGGCGCCUGCGCAUGGAUUACGUCGACCAGCUCCUCAUGCACUGGCCUAUGUCUAUCACGGAAGAAGGAGUAGACGAGAAGAUAGACUACCUGGAGACCUGGAAAGGGUUCGAGGCGGUGCUGGAGUUGGGGCUGGCGCGGUCCAUUGGAGUGUCCAAUUUCAACGUGGAGCAAAUGAAGCGGCUGCUGGAGAAUAGCAAGGUGCCACCCGCCGCCAACCAGGUGGAGAUAAACCUGAACCUCGGCCAAAAGGACCUGGUGGACUACUGCAAGUCCCAGAACAUCGCAGUGGUGGCGUACUCCCCAUUCGGGACCAUGGUGCCCAGCCGCAACGCUCCUGACAGCCCCGAACCCAAGAUGGACAAUCCUGUCUUGUUGGACAUCGCCAAGAAGCAUGGGAAGACUGUCACACAGGUCACCUUGAGAUAUCUGCACCAGCGAGGCAUCAUCAGUAUUCCCAAGACGGUGACCAAGUCCCGCGUGGUGGAGAACGCUUCAAUCUUCGACUUCCAACUGGACGCGGCUGACUGCGAGCUGAUCAGCAAGUUUGACAACGGCUACCGCACCGUCAGGCCUGUCUUCUGGCAAGACUACCAGGGGUAUCCGUUUGAUAAGGUUGACAACAAGAUGGCGAUCCCGCCGGCUCUGCUCAAGUGGAAAAAUGGCGCCAAACAGGACAUUGAUUAAGUCACAAUGUUAAUUAUAAUGCUAUUGUUGUUAUAUUUAUUUAACAAGCGAAAGAACAUUCUUUUAACAUGAAAUGUCUUUGAAAAUGAAAUGUCUUUAUUAAUUAAAACAAAGUUACAAUAUUAUUUUA